GCAGGCCCAAGUAAGGAGGAUGUGGGUGCCACGCCAGGAAGUGGGAUGGGCAUAGUUGUGCCCUCACCUUCACUAUCUGCUUCGUUGCCUACCCUGGGGAAUGAAACACUAGUAUCUGUCACCAGAAGACUAUCAGCCUUUCUUGGAGGUGAAACUUCCCAAUCUGGCCCACCUACAGUAGCUGCAAUAAGCGCUCCUCCCAAAUCAGAAUCGUUGCCUACUAUGCUGAAUGGAAGCCCGGGCCCUAUCACAAAAAAACAAUUGCAAUUGGCGUUGGCAUCGGCACUGGCAUUGGCUGGAGGUGGAACUUCAUCAGAUAGCUCAUCUCAAGACAGUUCCCAAUGCAAUUAGCAAGGAGUACUAUUUUGAGUGUUACUUUUUGUGCGUGGGUUUAUGCCAUUUGUUUCUCAGCAAGUUAGUCUGCUCCGUGUUUGUUACUGUUACGUGACUUCCUUUGGAACUGGUCCAAUUUGUUUGGAACUAGAUGGUACAAUGCCAC